AUGGAAAUCAAACCCCCAGAGAAUGGCCAUGAGCCCAUGGAGGUGAACACAGGGAUGACUGCACCUUCAGAGCAUCGAGGGGCCAUGGAGGAGGAUUCCCUUCAAAACCAGCCCCAGGCAAUGCCGGUGGAUCCAUCCUCCUCGCUCAUAUCUAGCUUCACAGGGCACUACUCCACCCUGGCUCAUGCACCACGGGGCCCAAAGAGCCGGAGGACCGCCGGCGGCUCCCCGAUACCCGCUAAGCCCCUGGCUCUAAACAAGGAGCAGCGGCCCCUCCGACGGCCCCUCCGACGGCUGCUACGCUGGGGCCUGGCCGUGGGGCCAAGGCAGUGCAACGAGCGACGCCGGUGCGGACCUCUGGAGACCGUCGGAGAUGGGCAGAGGCCAUGGAGACCGCCCAACAUCUCUGGAGACCACGGCAGCUUUGGGGACUCCCCUGCAUCACCACCCAGGUUAAUGGGCCGUGGCCACGGGCCGAGCAGGGUUCAUGUCCACAGCGAGCUCUCUGCUCGGCUGCCAAAGGCGUGGGUCGAGAUGAAGCCACACCAGACCGGCAGUGAAGAUCACGGAACACCAGCAGACCCUCCAGGAAAGCAGACACUCUCCAUCCUUCCAUCCCAUUGCAGAUGGAGCAACAGCUCUCCCACUGGAGAAGUCAUUUCAGAUGGUUUCAGACAGUUUUACAAGGCCAUGGCUGCUACAAAGCUCUUCGCUUUGCUUCUGCAAGGCUUUAUCCUGUUCUCAGUGAAGGUUCACGAGAAGCUGGAUGAGGCCGCAUGGAAGCGCAUGGAGGAGCGCGAGAAGGAGAUGAACCGGGAGAUGACUCGUCUGAUGGAGGAGAUGGAGAGGAGAAGCCAACCUCAGUGGAGCCUGGUGCCCACGAUCCUGCAGCAGAGGUCUCAGGAGCAGAGCAUCACAACCUGGGGAGCUGUGCUCUUUGCUGCCAUUGCUGGAGUGCUAGUCCUCCUGUUUUGGCUCUGCUGGUGGCUCAGGACAAGGCGCCGUAAGACAGACUCAGUGCGCAGCACGAGUGAGAUCUCAAUCAGCAGCACAGUUGAGGGGGAUGAGAAAGAAACUGAUGCAGAAGACAGAAGUUUUGCCAUCCUUUCAUCCCAUGACAGGCAUCUCCAGUGGCCUGUGCAGAAAAUAAUCUCCAGGAGUGAGGUGGUAAAGGGCCUGGUGGAUGAGCUCCUGCAGGUCUUGCGAAUUCACCUGUCAAGUACUUUUAUGCCAGUGCUGCAGGAGGCCAUUGGUGUGGGCAGCUCGUUUGAAGGAUGGAGUCCCUAUGAGGUUGAUAAAGUUAUGUACCACAUACUUGUGCCCCUGAAGGCCCCCACUGGCCACAAGUUCUGGCUACAGCCACUGUGCGGCAGGUGCCAGAUUCCAGCCAUGGUCUCCCACAUCCAUGUGGAGCUGGAAUGCAGCUGUGGGGGACAGAACAGUCUGUGCUUCCUCCACAGCACUAAGAAGCAGCUGAGGAGGAUAAAGAAGGCACCCAAGGUCCUAGACAUCCUCUGUACCCGCUCAUACCUAGACGCGGCAAAAGUUGCAGAGUGGUUUCAGGAUUUGGUGAAGAAAGCCUGGACGGCAUUGCCUCGGUCACACUACAAGGUGAAUGUGCUGCCCUACAGCCAGACCACCUGCCUGCUGCAGCUGAAAAGUGACUCUGGGAGUAGCCUCAUUGUUGAGAUCUUGUUUGGAGUGCAACAAGGUGACUCAGAUAUCUUCCUCAGCAGUCUUCCUGCAGCGGACAGCCCAAGCACCGUGUGGACAACGAACUACCUUGUGGCAGAGAAGAAGUUCUUCAGCCACAUGGCCAAACAGGUCCCACAAGGCAGCUUCCACUUCAAAUGCCUUCAUCUCUGCACCUCCAUCCUGGAGGGCACGGACAUUUCCCUCUAUAUGCUCAAGACAGUUGUCAUGCACCUCCUCAACACCACACCCGUGUCAGGAUGGUGCAGACAGGACUGCAUCAUACGCCUGGCAGAUAUCAUGAACUACCUGCACCGCUGUCUGGAACAGAAGCAGCUCAACUUCUUCUUCUUUGGCAACGCUGAGAUGCCCAAGGAGAUCAUUUUGCCUCCAGACUUCCAAACGUACAAACCAGCCAACCUCUUGGAGCACCUUGUGCAGGAUCAGGCUGCCCAUACCAAAGCAUUGAGACAGUUUGAGGAGAUUCAGCACAGGCUCAUGGAGAGGCUGUACCAGGGGGUCUCCAAGACCAGACGAGCAUCUAGAGUCAUGCAGAGAGCUGUGCCCCCCACAGGUAUUAAAUGGCUUCCUCCAGUGGGGCCUUCAAGGAUCACUACCAGUGGGGCCUUCUACCCCCUGAGCCACAGGAAUUUCCACUGCUGUGCACCCAUACUCUUGACACCAAACAUGCUUGGGAGAGGAGGAUCUGGCAAAGCCAAGUGA